AUGAUUCUUCUACCAAGUAGGACUAGUACCUUUCAAGUGCUUUGUCGUCAUUCAUAUCGUCCUAUACUAUCCAUUAGAAAUAUUUCAAUAUCAAAAGAAAUUGAAGAAUGUCAUCCCCAACAAUUGAAAUUUCUUGAAGAAUAUAAAAUUCGUACUAUGUUGGAACAACCAAUUAUUCAUUAUUCAAGUAAGAAAUUACCUCAAUUUUCAAUUCAAGAAUUAUACCUGCAACUGACAAAAUUAUCUAAUAAUUUCAUCUUACAAAAUGCUCGUGAGACUAUUGAACAUUUAUUAAUUUAUAAUUCUAGAAGAUUAAAAGAAUUUAGAAAAUUACCUUAUUUAGUUGUUCUUAACCCUUCAAUUCUGGAAAGUUAUAAUAUUUAUUUACAAACUAUGUCAAGUUUAUUAAUUGCAAGUACUUAUACUCCUCAUACUUUAGAAGAAAAUCUCAAGUUUUCUGAAGAAGUUUUAACUAAAUUUAUUGAUGUUCAUGCUGAUACUUUACCUAGUUUAUCUAAAGGUUUAACUGAAGUAAGUCAUCUUUUAAGUACGAAAACAAUAACGGAAUUUUUGGAUCAACACUUGAAAGAAAGAAUAAGUAUGAGAUUAAUUGCUCAUCAACAUAUUGAAUUAACUAGAACUCUUAAUGAUCCCCUGAAAUUUGUUAAAGGGGGCAAAUAUAAUGGUGUUAUUAAAAUGUUACAUAUUCCUGAUAUAAUUAAGAAAAAUGCUGAAAUUGUUAAUGAUAUAACUAUGAUGAAAUAUGAUCAAUCAGUUAAUGUAAGUAUUGAUACAAAUUUAUAUCCUUUAAAUUAUUGGAGUCAAGCAGAACCUGAAUUGAAAAGAAAAUCACCUGAAGAAAUGUUGAAUUUCCCAUAUAUUGAAUAUCAUUUAGAUUAUAUUUUUAUGGAAAUUUUUAAAAAUUCAUUUAGAGCUCAAAUUGAAAAUAAAAUAAAUGAACCAGUACAAAUUACUAUAUCUACUUCAUUAUCUCCUGAAAAAUAUUUAGAAAUAAGAAUUAGAGAUAAAGGUAAAGGAAUACCUGCUAAAACAUUAAAACAUAUAUUUGAUUAUUCAUUUUCAACUUAUGAAUCUGGUGAAGGUGAUAGUUAUAAAACUUUAAAUGUACCUCCAGGAGUAGCAGGAAAUACAGUUGCUGGUAUGGGUUUUGGAUUACCUUUAGCUAAACAAUAUAUUGAAGUUUUCAAUGAAACUAUUAAUAAAAAUGAAGACGAAGAUACCCGUACAAAAGGACUGUUGACUGUACAAACUUAUCCUGGUUGGGGUACUGAUGUUUAUUUAAAAACAGUUGGUUACUAA